GUACAACAGAUGCUCAAUGAUUCAUAGCUGUGGCUGUGACGAUCCGACACCUGCACGCUAGUACGUAGUGCGUAUACGUAGCCAGUACCCUACUCCCGUCCAUGGCGCCGCCGCGAGCCAACUCCGGCGACGGUAACGACGGCGCCGUCGGAGGGCAGAGCAAGCUCUCGCCGUCGGGCCUGCUGAUACGCGAGAUUCCGGGCGGCUACGGCGUGCCCUUCCUCUCGCCGCUGCGCGACCGCCUCGACUACUAUUACUUCCAGGGCGCCGACGAGUUCUUCCGCUCACGCGUCGCCCGCCACGGCGGCGCCACCGUGCUCCGCGUCAACAUGCCGCCCGGCCCCUUCCUCGCCGGCGACCCCCGCGUCGUCGCCCUCCUCGACGCGCGCAGCUUCCGCGUCCUCCUCGACGACUCCAUGGUGGACAAGGCCGACACGCUCGACGGCACCUUCAUGCCGUCGCUCGCGCUCUUCGGCGGCCACCGCCCGCUCGCCUUCCUCGACGCCGCCGACCCUCGCCACGCCAAGAUCAAGCGCGUCGUGAUGUCGCUCGCCGCGGCGAGGAUGCACCACGUCGCGCCGGCGUUCCGCGCCGCCUUCGCCGCCAUGUUCGACGAGGUCGACGCCGGCCUCGUCGCCGGCGGCCCCGUCGAGUUCAACAAGCUCAACAUGCGGUACAUGCUCGACUUCACCUGCGCCGCGCUGUUCGGCGGCGCGCCGCCGAGCAAGGCCAUGGGCGACGCUGCCGUGACGAAGGCGGUGAAGUGGCUCAUCUUCCAGCUUCACCCGCUCGCCAGCAAGGUCGUCAAGCCGUGGCCGCUGGAGGACCUCCUCCUCCACACCUUCCGCCUGCCGCCGUUCCUGGUGCGCCGCGAGUACGGCGAGAUCACGGCGUACUUCGCCGCCGCCGCCGCGGCCAUCCUCGACGACGCCGAGAAGAACCACCCGGGAAUCCCGCGCGACGAGCUCCUCCACAACCUCGUGUUCGUCGCCGUCUUCAACGCCUACGGCGGCUUCAAGAUCUUCCUGCCACACAUCGUCAAGUGGCUCGCCCGCGCCGGCCCGGAGCUCCACGCCAAGCUAGCCUCCGAGGUCCGCGCCGCCGCGCCCGCCGGCGGCGGCGAGAUCACCAUCUCCGCCGUGGAGAAGGAGAUGCCGCUGGUGAAGUCGGUGGUGUGGGAGGCGCUGCGCAUGAACCCGCCGGUGGAGUUCCAGUACGGGCGCGCGCGGCGCGACAUGGUCGUCGAGAGCCACGACGCGGCGUACGAGGUCCGCAAGGGGGAGCUGCUGUUCGGGUACCAGCCGCUCGCCACCCGCGACGAGAAGGUGUUCGACCGCGCCGGCGAGUUCGUCCCCGACCGGUUCGUCUCCGGCGCCGGAAGCGCCGCCCGGCCGCUGCUGGAGCACGUGGUGUGGUCGAACGGGCCGGAGACCGGGACGCCAUCGGAGGGGAACAAGCAGUGCCCCGGGAAGGACAUGGUGGUGGCGGUGGGGCGGCUGAUGGUGGCGGGGCUGUUCCGGCGGUACGACACGUUCGCCGCCGACGUGGAGGAGCUGCCGCUUGAGCCGGUGGUCACGUUCACGUCGCUGACCCGCGCCGCCGACGGCGACGGCGCCGCGCGGCGCGGAGUAUAAUAGUGUCAAGCGGCGGCGCGCGUGAGCGGCGAGUGUUGGUGCGGCGACGACGCUGUCCAUGCAUGGUCGCUGUCAGUUGGUCAGAUUUGCAUGGAUUUCUUUUUUCUUUGACCUAAAAAAAUUGGGAAAAAGGUGUACUUUCGCGUGCUUGUGGGGGCAGGUUCUUAAGUAUAGGGAUUCGGUUUGUCAUUGUGUGAAGUUCAAUACGAUGUUUGAAGUUGAAUAAAAUUAUGUGCGUUCCUCGUGGUUUUUCUUUUUGGAUUA